GUAGCCUAGGGUUUGUUUCAGGAUUCGGAAUCUUCUCUUGUCGCUUAUUGUUUCGCUGCUCAGCUUUCCGAGCUGGAUUCUAUCUCUUUCCUCAGGCGAAUCUCCAUGCGCCGCUGGUUCAGCGGCUUUGUCGAUUAAGUCACUUACUCUUCUUCUUCUCUCUCUCUCUCUCUUUCUUGCUUUCAUUCCUCGAUCAGUUUCAAGAAGAAAGGAUAGAGUUGUCUCGUGGGGGAAUUUUGUUUCUUAUUAAUUAAAUUUUCUUCCGAGGGCUUUGUUUGCUUCUUGUAUCAUUUGGGGAGUUGAUUUGGAUGGCAAUGGCCUAUCUGAUGACGUCACAAUUUGCUCAAUUGUCGUUGGCGGUAUCAAAUCAUGUAACGGACGGCAAUGGAAGCUUUGGCGACUACCAUGAGGUUGCUGCUUCUGCUGACCUGGCCUCUCAAAUGAGGGAUUUGAUACUGCAUCCACUGGAAAUAUUCGGAUUUGGAAAGUUUAUACAACCAGGGGCAAGCAGAACUAGUUACUGCAUUUUCUUCAAUUCAAGGUCACAAACCUGGUGUGCGGAGUUUGAGUGCUGUUGUGGACUGGCAGAAGCAGUCUGGAUAUCUAGACUAGUAUGCAUCUGGAGAGAGAUCAUCCAUCUGGAUAAGGAGCAGGUUGUUAAUUCAAUACCAUCAUCCUCAGAUUGCAAUGUCUCAGCAUUGGCUUCUUCUCAAGUUCAUGCCGGUCAAUUUGCUGCUGGUUUUUUUUAUGGUUCUAUCAGACUAUAUGAUAUCCGGACACCUGACAUGUUGGUUCGUGCAACAAGACCGCAUUCCCAGCAAGUCGAGAGAGUUGUAGGUAUUGGCUUUCAACCAGGACUGGAUCGAGGAAAGAUUGUUAGUGCUUCCCAGGCUGGUGAUAUUCAGUUCCUUGAUAUUAGAAAUCAAAGAGAUACUUACCUCACAAUCAAUGCGCACAAAGUCUUCAGUCUAGAAGGCGAACAACUAGGCAUCAUUAGGUACCAACAUACUUUCAUGACCCAGAAGAUUGAUUCUGUGAGCUGUCUUACUUACCAUCCCUACCAAGUAUUGCUUGCUGCUGGUGCUGCCGAUGCCUGCGUUUCCAUCUAUGCAGACGGCAGUUCUCAGACAAGAUAAGCAUCAAUCCUUUCCCAAUUUCAUGAACUCUGGACGCAAUGCACGGUAGACGAUACAAUGUCUGCACAAAUUUCAUGGAGUCGAGGUCAGUAAACCUGUAAAUGAUGACUUCCACAUUUAGAAUGUCACAAUGCCUGUUCCUGGAAAUUCUAGGGGGUGUGCGAUCUGCUCUGAUUGUGUUGUUAUUUAUAUAGAGGGGUUUAUAUAUAUCUAUAUAUUCAUUAGCCCCCGGUGUAGAUUGUCUAACGCAUGUUUGG